AUGACACAAUACAAGGGCAGGAAACAUCCCGACAACUUCCAAUACUAUCGCCGAUGGGGAUUUGCCAUCUAUCGCAUGUAUUGUGGCCCAGAUUCCGACAAGCACUGGAAUAUGCUUCUGGACGCUCUGAGACGGCAAACGAUGCUAGCCUUCGGCUGCUUUGAAGAUGACGAGGAAUCGGACCAAGGCGAUGUACAACGACUUAAAGAAUUAUUCUUUCUUGACGCCCGCGAGGACCCAGUAUUACCGGAUGGACUUGAUGUUGCUGGUAUUCGCGAAUUCUACAAGAACAAGAAUUCGAUAUCCAUUGACACAUGGCGAACGACCUCUAUUACCACGGUCUCCUUGCUGAUGAAUCGGUAA